GGCCGAGGCCUGGUAUGGAGGGGAGCAGUUCAACUGAAAGGUGGUGGAAACAAGCCCUGCCCCCGAUCUUUCUGACUCCCCUAAAAGCUGGAGACUAGUAACGCCUGCCCAGUGGAAGGAGACAAGUCUGACCCUGGACACGGUCUGUGCUUCGACCAUGUACUCAUUCGGCUGCCUGGGGUCCAGCCAGGGCGUCUGGCCUCGGCUGCAGCCCCUCACCUACACCUACCUGCCUGGCCCUGUGCUGCUGCCCCCCAUCCAGUCCCACAAUUUCUGCAGCCGGCCACUGGGGCUGGGCGUGGGGCCGCCCCCGCGCGAAUACCACUGCUUCCACGGCCCUGCGCCCUGGUGGCCCUUCCCGCCGCAGAUCUAUGCCGCGGCCCUGCAGGCGCCAUUGUCCGCGCCGGGCUACCAGGUGCCAUCGCUGCAGGCGGCCGAGAGCUCGGCCUGGCCAGAGGGUGCCAGCUUGCAGGCAGAGCUGCGCUGGGGCCGAGUGGAGCGCGCGCUGGGCCCGCGCCUGCAGCUGCCCGACUUCGUGCACCGGGAGCUGCGGCGCGUGUACGGCACGUACCCGCGCACCGACGUGCGCGUCACCUACAGCGGCGGCGAGUUCCUGGUGCAGGCCUCGCCGCGCGUCCCCGAGCCCGAGUACCGCGUGGAGACGCGCGUGCUGCGCGCGCCUGCUAGCGGCGACGGCCGGGACAGCAGCCCUGCCCGCGAGGCGGCAGAGCGCGGCCGCCGGAAGAGGAGAGGCCUGAGCUGAGUGCGCGCCAUCGCCAGCGCUGCCAGCCUGCUAGGACCUGUGAUCCCACCUGGGUGCACCCGUCACCUCCCACCUCUUAUGAUAGCGCUGGGUUGUGGGGGCAAAGGCGAGAAGGGCUCAAGGACACCUCGGGGUGGGUGUUUGACUGGGAAACCCGGAUGUGGGAUGGAAGGACCGGAUCCUUUAUUUUCUCAUAUCCCCCUCCUCUUACCUUUCUUCUUCCCCUCUGGAAGUCUGUUCGGCAGUAAGCCCUCUUUUGCCCCAUUUUCUCUCCCUCUGGAGCAGCUCUCCCCACUCAUCUAUGCCCUACUUAUAAUGAAAACUAAAUAAACGAGU